AAUACUUAGUGUACUUUUCCUAAACUUUUAAUAUCACCUUGGUAAUUAUUUAUUUAUUUACGAAACUUGAAGAUCAAAUCCAGUUGACAUUUGCAAAUAAAUUCAUUUUCAAUAGAAUAGAAUAGUCUGUAUUCGUUUUUCAAAAAUCUAGGUGGCUAUUCUUUAUUUUUUAGACUGAUUCACAAACUGUUUGGAAAAACAUCACGGAACGUGAAAAUUGCCAUAUUGAAAUACAUGUCACAAAUUGACAAGUUGCCUAAAAACGUCAGCUAAAAAUGUCAAAUUAAUGUCAUUCAUUAUGGUAAUGUCGUAUCGUAAGCGCGUUUCAGUGUAUGAAAUCAAUGAUUAUUUGCCACUAUUUAUUGUGAAAGAGAAAAACAAGACAAUAAAUACAUUGGAGAAAACGAGAUACAAAUAUCUCAUUUCAAGAACCUAAGCUUAAACAUCACCGUAUGCGUAGAUACCCACUUCUCUGUAAAAGCAAUUUAUACAGUUGUUUUGCCUGUCAUUGGUAUCAUGCUACUGAUUUAAUAUUUUUGUAAUUUACACGCAGAGUUUCGUGAAAAUUGGAAUUACAUUGAUACUAUCACAAUGAAAGUAAUCGUAAAAAAGUUACAAGGAGGUGAAUGUUGCUUGGAAGUACUUCCAACCACACAUAUAUCUGAAAUUAAACGAAAGGUCGCAGAACAACUAAAAAUUCCAGUAGAGGAACAGAAAUUGCUGCUACUAGGCAGGACAUUAGUGGAUGAACAGACAGUGGAUGCAUACCCUACAAUAAAGGAUGGCACUAAAUUAAACUUAGUUGUUAAAAAGCCUGAUACACUUCAGGAAGCUUCUGUGAAGUACUUCAAGAAAAUGUAUGGCAUGACAGACUCCGAGGCUAUAGCUGCUUCUAACCGCCUUUUAAAACUUGUGCAGGAUAAGUUCAGUAAAUUGUCUUGGGACGAUCUUGAUAGACUAUCAUUAGACUGUAUGCUCGAGGAAAAUGGUCAGAGCCGCAGCCCUCCUAUGGAGAUAGAGCCCGAGUGUGAUGAUGUAUACAGUUUAUAAUUCUGGACACUAAUAAAUAUUUUGAACAUUUUAUUUGUAUUUUACAACUAAGGGUAUUGUUACACUGCUAGGUAUGUUCAGCUAAUUAUUUAAUUAUAAGAGUAACUGUAGCAUUUUGUAGUAUUGCUAUUUGUAUAUUGUGUAAGUUAUAGUUUUUAAUGAAUUUGUCACUAGUGUUGCCACAUUAGAAAUAUUCGUUUCAUAAAGAAAAUGUGAUCACCAAUAAGUUUUAACAGCUUUAGUUUUCUUAAUUUUGUCACCUCUAAUCACCAUUUUCUGUAUAUACAGUUGCUUCAUAAUUAGCUCUAGUUUUAAGUUUUACAUUUGACAAAGCUAUGUGCUAUGCUAUUGACAAACUAAUAGAUUGAUUUGUAAAAAUUGUGCAAUUAGUGUAAUUUUUUGACUAAAAAGUAAAUACCAAUUAUUUUUGUACAUAAAACAAAUCAAAAUUCUCAUGAAAUUGACCAUUUUUAUUGUCUAGCAAUAUUUUUUAUUAGCUACUUCUACGCCGUUUCACCCGCUCUGCUCCGCACCUAUUGGUCGUAGCAUGAUAUUUUUAUAGUCUAUAAUAUAAAAAUAGCCUUUCUAAAUAAGCUAUCCAAUAAAAAAAGAGUAUCAAAUCAGACUAGUCCCACAGAAUAAUGCCACUAGCUCCUGAUAUUAUCGCAUUCAAACAAACAAACUCUUCUGGUUUAUAAAAAAAGUAAUAAGAAUCAUGACGAAAUGUUAUUGUCUAGGUAUUUUGACUUUAAUUUUGUGUAGAUAUUUUUCCUGAACAUUCUCAACUGGCUCAACCAUGUAAAAAUGUACAAAACAGUAUGAAUAAAACACAAUAUUAAUUA